UAGGCGGGCAACGGCAUCCUCAUCGUCCCAGCAGCGAACUCCCAACAGCGGGCACGGCAGGUGCUAUACAUUUCACUUGUAGCCGAUACGGAGUGGGUUCGUCUUUGACCUUGGUUCAACCCCGCACAAUGAUGGCCGGCAGUACCAGACCUGGCGGAGUCAAGUUUGUGGAGCACGACGCCGCCGGAUUGCCUGUAAAGAGGAAGCAGGUUCAUCAAGCCUGUCUCCCUUGCAGGAAGCGUAAGAAACGCUGUCACCAUGUCGAAGAUUCAGCCACAGCGGCCGCGGCGCAAAUAGACCAAGACAAUGGCGUUGCCACCAUCGACCGUGGACCGUCGCGGCGUGCUCCAACAAACAGUACGGGAAGCUCUUCUGACAGAGACGCGUCCGAUGCUGCCGCCCAACUUCUGCGCUUCUUUCACCACGCUAUCGACAAGGCAUCCAGAAGCACCCCACGACCCGACCAAACGCGGCAAACCUCACCGGCCCCGCCAUUUCUAGGAGACCUCAAUCCGGAAGGCAUUCUCGUGGAAGCCAAUCUGCCCCCAACCCAAGAACCGACGCAGACGGAUGAGGCUCCUGACCACCAGAUCGGAUUUCUGCCGCCAACCUCUCCGCAGCAGCCGAAAGACUCUCCCGCUCAGCAUCAAAGAACAGUCAGCAUUGAUAGUCCUCAAGUUGUAGCAGAAACACCAGGCCCGUUUUUCUCCGUGCCCCGGAGGGACGGCACGCGUCUCACAAUUCAUAUCCAGGAUACAGCCAAGCUUGCAACCCUGGCCCAAUCAAUCGUUGUCCGUGGUCUCGCCGACAAGGUGAUGCCCUCAGACACGGAAUGGGCGGCUUUGAGAGAUAUCUAUCUCACCAAAAUCCAUCCAAUCUUUCCCAUAUACGAGAAGACAACGCUUACGGAUCUCACCAAGCAAAAGUGCCUCCGUCAGCUGAUUCAAGCAUCCGUGUGCCUCGCCGCGGCCACCGACCCAGAUGCCCGCAGCUUACUCACAUUCAAGUCGCCGACGGACGAGAGUGCCAAAGCUCAUAUCGUGUCGUAUGACGAGUAUUCCCGUGAAGUGGCCAAUUUCAUCAACGGCCGACUCGCCGAGCUGCAAGAGGGCCAACAAAUAUCGCUCACCUGCCAAAUUCAAGUUAUGGCAUUGACUUGCCUCUACUGGCAGCCGGCAGAUCCCAUCGAGCGGUUCGCACCGCUCACCUUGUACGCCAAACUAGUCAGCUUGGUGCACACACACGGGGUCCAUCUAGGACUUCUGGCGAGAACACAGACCGAAGGGAACGGAAAGGCCGCCGGGGCCAGACUGUUCAAAUGCCUCUACGCCCUCGACCGAUUGAUCGGCACUAUCUAUGCGCGGCCGCUCAUGUUCCACAACGUUGACCUCAUACAAGACCCUCGACCAGACGCAGACGAUUCGCCCAUUUUCAGGCUCUUCAUCUCUUUGAUCCUUCUGCUCGACCAAGUCAUUGAGAUGUAUCGUCCACAUCCCAAGGUGAGCUACAUCGACAUGCCCGUUUUUGAACGCCUGGCCCUCGAAGCAGGCGCGCAAUACGAGCCAGAAAUUCUUCUUGUCACCCUCGAAGUCUUGUACCACGCCAUCGGCGCGCUCUCGGUCCGCAUGCCCCGCAACCGUUUUCGAACUGCUCCGGAGUGUGACACUCUCCCUGGUCCUCGCACUCAGCAUCUCCCGCCCAGCAGCGUGAAUGCACGGCGAUCUUAUUCCGCCGAUCGCAUCCUCGAUAUCGUCCGGGACUACAAGCUCAGCCCCUUGCCCUUUGUUCCGUACGCCCUUACAUUGUCUCUGAGCGUGGCGUACCGCAAGUGGCGGUUUAGCCAACUGCCGAUGUUUCGGACCCGGGGAGGAGCCGACUUCAAGAAAGUGCUUCCCGUAUUGCAGAGCAUGGCCGACAUAUGGAGCAGCGCACGUAUCAACGGGCAGCUGGGGCAGGCGGUCAUGUUGAAGCUAGACCGGGGCGAAAUCUUGAACAGAAAGCGGACCGAGAGGUCGGCUGAAGCCAGCAGGGCCAGUCAAGAGCAAACCAGCAUGGAGCCUGAACAGGUCGCGGCUAGAGAGCUGCAUAAGGGAGAUGAUCGACAAGCAACAGCCAACCCUUCUCGACGGAACCCUUCGCCGGCCGCUAACGAGUCCGAUACCCCCCCUGAUGCGCCGCCCUGCAGCCCACGCAAUCCAGCGGAACCCACUCAUGGCGACGGAUCAACAAUUGCCGACGUCAACAGCUCUCUUGCCCCGUCAACCAAUAUUCGUGGCCCAUUACCAUCACCCACAACAUCGUCCUCAUCCGAUCAACGUGAAGGACAGCAACCGCAGUCUAUGCCCCUGACAUGGGCCGCCACAUGGACUGCAGGCCACAACAACAAUGCCGGCAACAGUUAUGUCUCAACCGGCGUACCAUUGCACGGCCCAGGCACCGGGGGCACUUCUCACUUGCACCAGGCACAGCCCAACAUCUCCAUAUCAGCAUAUGAAUACCCCCAGCUAGACGACGCGAUACCCCUACCAGGCUCCGUGCUACCUCAGGCGAUAGGAUCCAACGACACCUCACCCCUGACGGGGUUAUCAGAUGGCAGUCUUGACGGUUUCUUAGUUGACGACGACGCACUUUUCAGGGCUUGGGAUCCCCAGUUUGCGCAGUCGGUCGACUUUUCCUUUUGCAGCAUUUUGGACCCGGGUAAUCCCUUUGCUUGGCCAGAGUACUGUAAUUACAGUUCUUGAAGUAGUGCACGGGAGAAAGGUGUUUCGGCGUUCGAAUAGUUAGGUAUGUUUGGCGUCGAGAAUUCUAAAGCCUGUUUCCAGGGCCUGUAUCAUCUCCGUCGUGAGACUUUAGACACUGUAUCCGUUCGGUACCGCAGCCAAUCCGACCUGGUUCCAGACCUUGGCAGCAAAGCAGAG